AUGCCGAGUGCUAAGGAAACCGUGGAAGCGAAGAUUGCUGCAUCCCCUGUGGUUGUGUACAGCAAAAGCUACUGUCAAUACUGUACCAAGACUAAGGCACUGCUGACGCAAUUGGGCGCCAAGUAUGAAGUCGUGGAGCUGGACCAGAUCUCCGACGGCAGCGAGCUGCAGGACGCUCUGGAGCAGAUCACGGGCCAGAGUACCGUGCCCAACGUUUUUAUAGGUGGCAAGUCUUUUGGUGGCAACUCGGACGUGAACAGUUUGCACAAGGCUGGCAAUCUUGUGCCAUUGCUGGAGCAGAGCGGCGCCCUAUGA